CUUACAACGUAAUCAAGGAAAAAGAAAGUAAAAAUUAUGUCGACUUUAAUGCGCAUGCGAUUUCUAAAUGGUGGGGGGAUCCUUCGGGACAGAAUAUUCCAUAUUUCCGACCGAAGAGCAUUAUCUACUCCUGCUUUAAAGAGAGCCGAUAUGGGAAAACUUACUCCAGAACAACGAGAAACAGACUUAAAACCAUUGUUGUCAAAUGGUUGGUCUGUCAAAGAACAGAGGGAUGCUAUUUACAAGGAAUUUUUAUUUAAAAAUUUUAAUCAGGCUUUCGGUUUUAUGACCAGAGUUGCAUUGCAAGCAGAAAAAAUGGAUCAUCAUCCUGAAUGGUUUAAUGUUUACAACAAAGUAAAUAUUACUCUGUCUUCUCAUGAUGUAAAUGGUUUAUCACAGAGGGAUAUUAAACUUGCAUCUUUCAUAGAUAAAGCUGCUAAAGUAGGAGAAAAUUAA